AUGGAGAAACCAAGCAUGGAGAAACCAAGCAUAGAGAAACCAAGCAUGGAGAAACCAGGGAUCGAGAAACCAAGCAUGGAGAAACCAAGCAUGGAGAAACCAGGCAUGGAGAAACCAAGCAUGGAGAAACCAAGCAUGGAGAAACCAGGCAUGGAGAAACCAAGCAUGGAGAAACCAGGCAUGGAGAAACCAAGCAUUGAGGAACCAAGCAUUGAGGAACCAGGCAUGGAGAAACCAGGCAUGGAGAAACCAGGGAUGGAGAAACCAAGCAUGGAGAAACCAGGCAUGGAGAAACCAAGCAUUGAGGAACCAAGCAUGGAGAAACCAAGCAUGGAGAAACCAGGCAUGGAGAAACCAAGCAUUGAGGAACCAAGCAUUGAGGAACCAAGCAUGGAGAAACCAAGCAUGGAGAAACCAGGCAUUGAGAAACCAAGCAUGGAGAAACCAAGCAUGGAGAAACCAGGCAUGGAGAAACCAGGCAUGGAUAAACGAAGCUUGGAAAAACCAAGCAUGGAUAAAUCAAGCAUGGAGAAACCAAGCACGGAGAAACUAGGCAUGGAUAAACUAUGCAUGGAUAAACUAGGCAUGGAUAAACCAAGCAUGGAGAAACCAGGCAUGGAUAAACUAAGCAUAGAGAAACCAAGCAUAGAGAAACCAAGCAUGGAGACACUAGGCAUGGAUAAACUAAGCAUAGAGAAACCAAGCAUGGAGAAACCAAGCAUGGGAAACUAA